CCGGUACGACGGUUCGGCCCGAGCUCACAGUUAGCAUUUUAGCGAACAUCCCUCGGUCGAGCGGCGUGUGGAUGAUAUUGAAGGUUUAUUCGCUGUCUCGUAUUAUCACUCGAAGUCUGUGAAGUCACGAGGUUUUUGGAAAUAAAUAGACACUGGAAAUGGCUCAUGAUAACGUGUUAGCAUGCUAACUUCUCCUAACUGCCAAUACUAAAGGCCCGUUUGGAAACUGAACGAAGAUCGUGUAUAUCGAACACAGAAUGGUUUGCUAACUGUAUAUUAGUGUUAUGAUAUUUGACUCUUUACAUUAUAUCUGUUUGUUUGGUUUGGGCACAGAGAACAGGCCGUUAGCUGUGAGCUGCUAACCGUUCGGGAGAGGCACCUGGCCCGUCAGGCUGUCGUCGCAUUGGUGUAUUUGAAACCAUUUUUGGGAUACUUUUGACGUCUUUAUACUUGUACAUCGGGUUGACCACUCUGUCCUCGCCAGUACCGACAUAUAUGAUCAGUGAGUCCGUCGGUCUUGUUAUAAACUAAACUAACACACUUCAUAAGAACGUUUAUAUGAGGUUAGCUCAUGGCGCAAGCAAAUUGGCCUUAUGAACGUGGUCAAAAGCGUCCGUGUUCACAUGUUAGGUCGGUCUGGUUUAGGUCUUUAUAUGAGAUCUGAAAUGAUGGAAGGUGAUGGUUUCGGUAUACGAGGCUAACCCGGAAAAAACGCAGUUACAUAAGCUGUGAUUACCUUUCAUGUUAUUCCAGCAGCAAUAACUCCCUAACAGACAUGUUGUGUGUCUGAUUUGAGAUCGCCCGCAUUUAUGCGCUACACUAAAUAUCCAGUGCGUGUGUUUAGUGUAUUUGAGUAUUAUUUGGUCUGAUGUGUGGAUAUUUGUAGUAUUAAGUUUCGGUGUCAGAUUCUCAGUUUCAUUUUUAGUGCUGCAUUGUUCUCAUCUCGGCUCAUUCAGAUAAGCGAGCGCUGCAGGAGCUGCAUGAUUUGGGCCGUGACCCACCUGCUCAGUGUUCAGCAGGUCCAGUAGGGGAUGACAUGUUUCACUGGCAGGCCACAAUAAUGGGACCAAAUGACAGUCCUUACCAGGGUGGGGUGUUCUUCUUGACCAUACACUUUCCCACAGAUUACCCUUUCAAACCUCCAAAGGUUGCAUUUACCACAAGAAUCUAUCACCCAAAUAUCAACAGCAAUGGAAGCAUCUGUUUGGAUAUUCUGAGGUCACAGUGGUCACCAGCACUUACCAUUUCCAAAGUUCUCCUGUCCAUCUGCUCCCUGCUGUGCGACCCCAAUCCGGACGACCCCUUAGUACCUGAGAUCGCCCGCAUUUACAAGACUGACAGGGAAAAGUACAACAGAAUAGCUCGGGAAUGGACACAAAAGUAUGCAAUGUAGUUUAGGAGUUAGAAUCAUGGUGGGAGAAAAUUACACCUCUCCAUAUUAAGGUUAGGGGAGCUUUGAAAGUUCAAAAGAUAAAAAACACAAAAAAAAAAACAGAUCUUGUUGGUUUCCAUUGGAGUGCUUUCUUUAAGCCACGCCUACCCUCAAAAGAGCACCUCUUCCUCACUCUUAUCCCCCAGGCAGCCAUGGUGUACAUACUCCGACUACAACCGUAGCCCCUCCUGAACUCCAUCUCCUGCUUCACCACCUCCGUUGCUAUAGCAACGCACCCACUGCUUAGGAUCAGUCCGUAUCAAUUUUUCUGUUGAAAAUGUUUGACUCUAAAAAUCAUUCCUUGUUGUUUUUAAGAACUGGGAAGGUGGGCUACAUUAUCCUAAUUAUUCCUUCUCCUUGUGUUUUGUGAUAGUCUGGAGAUGGGAUAUGUACCUUUACAGUUUACAUUUUCAUUUCCAUUUCCUGGACGUUGGAUCAGGAAAUAUUUUUUGUUUUUGUUUGCAGAGAAUGGAGGGGUAUGCUGGCUCUCUUUUUGUAUAAAAUCUAUCUAAGGAAUUCUUUUAAAAUCAUAGCAGGUAAUUCAAGGAAAAUGGACCUCCUGUCCUCUACUCUGGAGUAUUCUAAAGGACUUGAAAACUAUGAAUAUAUAUAUUUUGUUUCCAUUUGCCAAUGCAAAGACUGUCUCUACCCCUUUCCUUAGCCAUGACCAACUUCACAAACGUUCACCAUUAUGGAGGGUUUCAGACCAGUUAUUUAAAGCAGUCUCUAUAACAUACAUAUUUUUUCUCCCCCAACCCAACCUCGUAACUCUUAGGUUGCUUUUUUUCUUUUUCUUUUUUUCUUUUACUGCUCUUGUUGAAUUAGAUGCUAACAUGGUUCAGCCAGACUCGAUUGGGUCCCUGGGUGAGAGUCUCCUCACAGACAAACUUCUGUAUAUUUAAUUUCCCGACAGGCUCGUUGAGCUUUGUGUGUUGAUUAAAACUGUGUAAUAAAAUGAUUACUAAAGUCU